AAAAUCAAUAACAGGAACUUACAUUUGCAAACACUUCCCCUUUUAAGCCAUUUCGAAACGUUCUCGUGGCUAAGUCGGUCAGCCUUCAAUCAGGAUAUAUUAGGAACGUUUCAUCCGAAAGAAUGAAGGUAAAAGUGCUUCAAACAAGCUGAGCAAACUUUAAUUUGGAAUUUUGUCGGGAUAAAAGGUGUCAAUUAAGGUGAAGCAGGACGCGAGGGCUGAGAGAAGAUUUUUCAAGGUCACGGAUAACAACAGUGAACUUGACCACGUUGCGUAACUUGAGAAGGCACACUUCGAGGUACGGCCCAACACGAUGCUUCACAGUGUUAUCAUUGUGGCCGGCCCUUAACGGAAUUCACGUCACUACCGAGGAAAUCGACGACAUCAGGGAGGAAGAUCGUAAUAACGGAAAAAGAUAUGUGUUACGAAAGACUUUUAAGUCUCAGAACGCUUUGGGAAUCGUUUGUGUAAAGCGAGUUUGACGAUAACUUAGCAUAAACAGCUGGAUUGUCGGUGGCCAUUGAACCGUAAACACCGAAGUGUGCGAAGUACCUUGGACGUUUAUCGAUUUCCGAUUCGAUUCUUGUAGAAUCAAAACAAGUACUCAUCUUAAAAUACGUUUCUGACUUUGUUGUUAUGGCCAUUUGCAACCUUCAUACUAGGAGACUGUUUUAUUUUAUUAUGGCAUUAUCGAUGCUGGGCACGGCAACAAACGCUGGACAAAUUAUCAACAAAAACGAUACCUUUAUAUCGUCCUCUUCGGACAUGCACGCUGUCCUGAACCGGACGAUUAUUUUGAACAGCGCGAGCUGGCAUUUUUUAGACCUGAUAUUCCACAAAUACUCGGACAACUUGACUGAGAAAAUCUCCAUUGAGCGUUUUAAAGAUUUGUUGAAGGAUUUAAACCUUGGUGAGACCGUAUCGGCGACAGAAACAUCGCAUGAUCAAGGAACAUCUCAUCGACAUGGCGGCAAGAAUUCUCGAAGUCAAGAUGGAGAAUCCAGUGAAGUUUCGAGGCAAAGAAACAUGCGAAGGCGGCGAAGCGAGCGACAAUCCAAUGGAGAACGAAGACAAUUGCAGUUAAAUUCUAAGACGAACCAAAUUCGCCCGAGGUCUCAACGAAGAGAACGGCGUAGUGCGAGAGACCGUCUCCAUACCAGUGAAGGUCACGCGGAGUGUUUGACAGGACAGGAGCUUCUGCUCGAUCAUGAUGUGAAUGAAGAGGAAGGAUUGAACGAAGAGGACUUUGUGCGGAUUUGUCCCGCAUUAAUCCAGCAACUCCAAGACAAAGCUUGCAUUGUCGACAAUCUGGAAGACAAUCACAUGGCAGAGGACUCGGCCAAAAUGCUGCAUGUGUGGGGUUAUGGUUUCCUAUCUAUCACUGUCAUCAGUUUGACGUCACUUCUUGCGAUCGCUGUCAUUCCUUUGAUGCGUCAUUCGAUUUACAAGAGGAUCAUGUCCUUCCUUGUGGCCCUUGCUGUGGGGACCUUGUCGGGAGACGCCCUCCUUCAUCUGAUCCCUCAUGCUUUCGUCUCUAGUCAUGGAAACGAAGAAGGAGGGCAUGAGAUAAAUAUUUACAAGUCAUGCGUUAUUAUGGCAGGAAUCUACGUGUUUUUUAUGGUUGAGUGCACGCUGAAAGCACGCAUGGCGCGAAAGAAACGCUCACGUGGUAACCUGCACGUGACAACUCCAGAAAAAAUGAAGAAGAAAGAAGCCGCAAAAUAUCAGGAAAUGGUUGGUUCAAGGCUCGCUGGAAUUCAACGAAGUAUUAGCUGCGACGGCGCACACUUUCCUAAGGCCAGCAGAGAUAUCUCAGAAGGCUGUAAAACAACAUCUUGUGAACUGGUUCUUUUGGAGUCUGGGAAAGAGGAGCGUGCGAGCACAGGCUCCGAGUCCUCCCAAGAAAAAGUGCCGUUGUGGGAGCCUUGUCGACAUGGUCACCAUUGCCAUCCGCGCGACAGUGUUCAAGAGCGAAGCAAACACAGUUUUAGCGACUCGCAACUUAUAGCUGCAUUGCAAGGCAAGUCGUGCAUCCAUCCCAACAUUUACAGCAAUAACAACUUCUCUGCCAGUGGUACUGACAGCGAAAACCAAACCCAUCACAAUGUCAAUCAAAUUCGCUCACACCAAGGUGAUCAGUACCCGUACCAGGUCCCCACGGAAUCGAAUACCAUCGCCACAGAAACGACUAGCGAUGCUGGAGACGGCGGUUACGAUGAGGAGAAUAGACACGAUCAUCACCAUCAUCAUCACCACCACAGCCCUAACAUUGACAAGAACACCUCCAUUGCCACUGUAGCGUGGAUGGUUAUUGUCGGGGAUGGUUUCCACAACUUCAGCGACGGUCUGGCAGUUGGUACUGCGUUUUCAGUUUCAUUGACCAGCGGUCUCACCACAGCUAUAGCAGUGUUUUGCCACGAGCUUCCGCAUGAGUUAGGUGAUUUUGCCAUUUUGCUUAAGUCAGGUUUGACCUUUAGGCAAGCCCUGGCUUACAACCUUGCAUCAGCCAUAAUCUCAUAUCUUGGCCUUAUACUAGGCAUCAUUAUUGGCGAUCUAGAUUCUGCUCACACCUGGGUGCUGGCGCUCACAGCUGGGAUGUUUCUUUAUAUAUCAUUGGUUGACAUGCUCCCUGAACUGAGCAACUACAUCAACGAGGGAGGUGGAUGGCCUGUGGUGAUCUCACAAAAUCUGGGAAUAUUGACGGGAGUAUCGAUUAUGCUAGCAAUAGCUUUGUAUGAGAGUUAAAUAACUUAAAUUAUAAUUUAGAACUACGAGAUAUUUGUAGUUAGUUAUAAUGUAAAAGCAUACAGGCGCUCAAAGUUUGAUUUGAUCUGAAACAAAAUAUAUUUAUUUAACCACAGACAUUUACGAAUUUAAACAUAUUCACUUCAGUUAUAAUUUUUAUGAGAUUUUUGUUUUAAAAAUGUGGAGCUUGUAUGGAUUACAGACGAAUUCACAAAGAAAUCAAAAGAAGUGGAGUUUGUUUUAAAUGAAAAUGCAAAGGAAUGAUAUAGGUCUAUUUUGGAUAACUCCCGUUUUUUAAUGCAAUUAUGGUUUUGAGGUAUUUUGGUAAGGUAUUUCAACUAUGAUAUUGUCAAAUAUAAAUCUUAAAUUCUUACCAGAAACAAUCUUGAUAAGAUGUAUUCAAAUCGUAAGAAAUUCUUCAGUUUUUUUCGUUUUUUGCACCCUCCAUUUUACGCCUUAAAAUCAUCAAUUUGGUGCAUAUCAACUAAAACAUUUUGAGUUUAAGCUUUGUUUUUUUUUUUUGCCUCUAGGAGGAAUUCAUUAAACACCCCGCUUUAUAAACAUUCUGUGCCACAGAAUUGCAUUUUACGAAUCGUGAUAUAGAAUUGUAUUUAUCCCUAAGGACGUGAUGUACGAGGCCAUUUGAAAAUAAUGAAGGAUGUCAAAAAUGUCCGGGAUGUCAAAAUUCUAAUAAGUUGUAGAGGUUUCAUUAUUUGGCGUCCAAAACAAUUUGUGGUUACGAAACAAUGCGCGAUUAGUAUGCUAGAAUUCAAUCAGUUUGAGAUACACACCAAGCUUUUUUACUAUUUGAGUGACCUUUUACCAAUGUAUGAAUUAAGAUGAGGUAAUUUUACGAAACGACGCCGCAUAUGACGCAAAGUCGUCGCCAUAGGUUUCGGUUAUUUUCAGUGCUCAGUUCUUCAAGGAAAACACUACGUAACAUUGCUUCGAACAUGUGAGCCCCCGACAUUUCAGCGGUUAGGGCUGGGGUUAGGAUUAAGGUUAAGAAUAUCUGAGGCUCACAUAGUUUGAAGCAAUAUUAUCGAGUACUUUCCAUUCUCUAACCUGCUUUUGUAGUCUCUCCUCUCUCUAACCCUCCAGGGUCAGAUAGGGUUCGAGGGAGGGAGAGACUCUAGGAUCGAGGUUGUUGAAUUUUCUUCUUUUUCUAGCAAGUAAAGCAAAUUUCUUAUGGGGUGAGGGCGGGGGGGUUUCCAUGCCGGCCUACUCUUAUCUGGUCGAAUAUUCAAGGAAACUCAAGUCACCUGACAUAUGUUGAGAAAAAUAAUUCAGGGAACGGUCUUAGAUCCUGUAGAAAAAUAGGUAGGGUUCCCUCCAUUUGAAUCAAUCUUCCCCUUCACAAUGUCAAUAUCUGAGCAACUGCGCACCUAUCCCUCCCCCUAAUCCAACCAAAGUCAACCCAUAAUAACUUGAGGUUAAUUUUGUGUUAGGGGAGGGGUAGGUGUGUAGUUGCCCUGAUACUGACUGUGACUCCACUUUUCCACUGUUUCUUUGUACAUUAGUAGAAAGAAUCUCCUUGAACUUCUCCAUUACACUAGGAUCUAUAUGUGAACCACUUCCAAGGUUUUUUAACUGUUUUACCAAAGCUAGCCAUCUGUUUCUAUCUAUUUUAGUUAUAAUUGGUGGAGUACUGUGAUAGCGUAGAACAAUAACCUUAAUCCUAAUUAAGAGACUUAGUUCUUCAUAAAGGUCUUAUGUCAAGGGCGGGGUACGUUCCAUCAUGCUUGUGUAAGAAUGAUGAAACAAGAUCAGUUUUUUUCUGUUAAAGGUAGUUAAAAGGGAAGAAUCAGGGUAGAAAAUUUGUAUGGACUUGGGUAUUUAAUUUGUACUCUAUUAUGUUUGAAAAAAGGGUCUAUAUCGCGAGUCCCAUUGGGGCUUUUAGGGCUUAAGGUUAAAAUUUUGGCCAUUUACGGCCACGGUUAACCCAAAAUGACACAUUGUAGGAAGGAAAAAAUUUUACUGUUAACUUUUAUUACAAUUAACGGUUAAAAUUUGUCCAUUUUUACGCUUAACGGCUAACUGUAAACUCCAUUAAGAUCCUCUGUUGUGGAUAUAGAAGGUUUGAACUCAUCAAGGUACAAACGCGGGGCCAAAGUGGCUGGAACAGGUCACGCUUUUUUUUUUUCACUAUAGGUUGACAGGUUCCUCCAUGUCGCACGGGAUAGUUUCCUAAUUAGGAGAAAAAUCUUACGUAGACAGACAACCCGUUUUCACUAAAAAGUCUAUGAUAACUUUACCAACAGUUGUGAGUUUACGCAUGAUGUUAACGGCACCAGCAACUGCAAAACUGAACUCUGAUUUUUCUUCACUUUCCCUCAAGUACUCCAAGAGAACUAAUAUCGAAAUUGGAAAAAACAUUUUUACCAGUAUUCACAGAAGAUACAAAUAUUUCGUUUUGGCUUUGAAACGGAUGAAAUCAAUAGACAACAAGUUUGGUCCGUUUUCAGUAGGUCGUCUGUCCUUUCACUCUCAGGGGUGAUCUAAAAGAAAUUUAUCCUUUCAAUGUCAUAACCUUUAAAAGCACAAAGGAGAUGAGAAGAAAGAGAGAUGACCGGUGUAUUACUUGGAUAUAAAACGAAAUUCUUAAGAAAUGUAUGGCAAACUGCGAGGAAAAAUGAUGUUUAGUUUCUGCAAGUGAAACCGUUAACUCUCGUGCCUAACCUCUUUAGCAUUGUGAAUCUCUUUAAAAGCCUUUGGCACUUUUUGAAACAAGAUAAUUCGGUAAAUUAGUGUUUUUUUUGUUUUUUUUUUUAGCUUUGUGCAGAUUUAAUGCUCAAACUUACAUAACAGGCGCCUCGCUGUCAGGGGCUCGGAGUUGUGGAACGCAUGCGUAGUCAGACUUCUUAUUUGUGUGCGCCACUUUAUUUCUCCUGGUUGCAGCCGCAUUUAUAUUAGCAAGUUAACAGGAAGUUAUCUUUGAGAAGUUUCUGUGACGAGAUGAUGGCGAAGUGAGAUAUCUUUUUGCGAGAAGUAUCCUUGUUAAAAAACGGACUUGUCAGUAUUUAAAUAGGGAAACCUGUCGGAGAGUAAAGGUUUAUCAACGACGAAAUUUGCUGUUGUAGAUGCUUAGACAAGUGCUCAUUUCUAGGAAGACAUUGUGUAGGAGUGAAGAAAAUUUUGUCUUGAAAGGGUUUCUUGAUUAACUGUUUUUAACAAGUUCUCCUCUCAUAGAUAAAACGACGAACAAUUUUUGCUGGUGCAGCCCUGGGAAAAGUUGCUUGGGAAAUACGCCUUGUAUCUUAGCCCAUGUUGUGCAGUGUAGGAUUUGAGCUUAAGUUACGUAGUUUGUUCAUUAGUUUACCUUGUUGUUUACAAUAUUUUAUCAUACAAUUUUGGGUUGUAUGAACACGGGUGUGUAAAAUUUCAAGAUCACUGGGGUACUUUCUUUUUUAUUGAAUCAGAAUUCGUAAGGUUUUAAAGAAAUAUGAAAAUUAUUUUAGUUACAUGACUCCUACCAAGUGAUUUUACUGUGUAAUGACUGAUGAUAUUUUAAAUGAAGAUAAAAAAAAAUUAUUCAAAAAUUUUAUAGAUAAAUGUUUAAUAUCCUUUAAUGCAGACA